GUCUCCCUCUGGCUGGGAAUCCCUGGGAAAGCUUAUAGUCGGACUCGGUGCAAACAAAACAUUGAGGCUGAUGGCACCAGGGACGGGAGUGUGCAAGAGGAUCGGGAGCUGCAAGUGAGCGCGGCGGAUGAGGAAUCGCCGAAGAGCGGCAGCGACUGCAGGCGGCCGGGCGACUUGGUAUUUCACUGCAGGCGGUUGGAUCGGCUCGGAUCAUGCCUCGGCCAUCCGUUGUAGACGUGAGGGUGGAAGACGUGCAGAAACGACGGAUCCCGAAUAAACACUAUGUUUAUAUCAUUCAAGUUAAUUGGUCCAAUGGUUCCACCGAAGUUAUCUACAGACGCUACAGCAGGUUCUUCAAUCUGCAGAUGCAGCUGUUGGAUACAUUCCCAGUGGAGGGAGGCCAGAAGGAUCCCAAGCAGCGUUAUAUUCCUUUCCUGCCAGGUAAAAUCCUCUUCAAACGAAGUCACAUCAGGGAUGUUGCAGUAAAGCGACUGAAGCCAAUAGAUGAAUACUGCAGGGCCCUGAUCCGAUUACCGGCCCACAUCUCUCAGUGUGAUGAAGUCCUCCAGUUUUUUGAAACAAGACCCGAGGACUUAAACCCACCAAAAGAGGAACCAGUUGCAAAGAAGAAAUCUGGGCUUGCAAUAAUCCAGAGAACGGCAUCGUUUCUAAAGAGAGGUGGAGAUGGAACAUGCGCAGACCAGUUUUUCCUUGAUCAAUAUGUAGCAGUGACUAACUACGAGAAACAGGAAAGCACUGAGAUUAGUCUGUAUCAAGGCCAAGUCGUAGAAGUAAUAGAGAAAAAUGAAUCAGGGUGGUGGUUUGUCAGCACAGCUGAUGAGCAGGGAUGGGUUCCUGCCACGUGUCUGGAGCCCCAGGAUGAAGCUCAGGAUGACCUUUCAAUUGUUAGCGCCAAGCCAGGGGAAGAGGAGAACUUUGUGGUCAUUUAUCCAUAUACGGCAAGAGAUAAUGAUGAGAUUGAUUUGGAAAGAGAUGCAGUGGUGGAAGUCAUACAGAAGAACCUGGAAGGCUGGUGGAAAAUCAGGUAUCAGGAUCGGGAAGGCUGGGCUCCUGCUUCAUACUUGAAAAAGGCUUCAAAUGAUCCCUUGGGGCAGCAGAUAUCUUCAGGGCAAUCUAUCCAUUCGAGUUCAUUGGACCUUGAUGGAAUUGGCAACCAACCAAACUCCGCUAAAGAGAUCAGAGAGAUAGCAUCAAUAUUUGACCAAAAAGAAGAAAAAAAUGAAUACCGAGGAGCAGCAUGCAUUGAAUCAAAAGGCAAGUUACCAAAUAAGAGACAGAGGCCACCGCCACGCAGAGAUCUCACUGUGCCACGUGGAUUGAAUCUUCCCAAACCACCAACGCCUCCAGAAGUGGAAGAAGAGUUUUACACAAUAGCUGCUUUCCAGACAACAAUUCCAGAUGGUAUCAGCUUUCAAGCAGGACAAAAGGUUGAGGUAAUUGAAAAGAAUUUAAGUGGCUGGUGGUAUAUACAGAUAGAUGAUGAAGAAGGGUGGGCUCCAGCUUCUUUCAUUGAUAAAUACAAGAAAUCAAGUAAUGCUUCAAGGGCAAAUUUCCUGCUGCCUAUAGCACAAGAAUUGGCAAAGCUUAAACUUCCAGAUGCAGCCACAGGAAGCAGCACUAACAGAGACAGCGCCUUUAUAAACAAACCUUUGCCUAAAGAACCACCAUCAAACGAUUUUGACGUACUGAAGGAUCGGCGAGCAAGGGAUACAAGUAAGAGUCCAUCUUCUGACAAGUUCAACUCUUCAUCAAAUAUAGAAUGCCAGCCCAAGUCAUGUUCACCUUUAAAUAUAAUGAACAACGAUGCUUCCAAGUUUAACAAAGAGAAACCUGUCCUCCCACUCAAAAAAGAAUUAAUUAAUAGCAAAUUUGAGUUGGAGGUAGCAGAAAAACAACCAAGAGGGCUUUCACCCAGGAUCCCUGUACCAGGGGGUAUUUUACCAAUGUUGCCGCCAAAAAUGACAUCUAAAGGAGACAGGAAGCCAACUGCUGAAGCAAGUAAAAUAAUACAGCCGAAAGGACCUGAGGCAGGGCCGAAGGUAUUAGCAAGUGAAAUUGCCAGGCCAAAUCUUAGGCCUGUAGGAAGGCAAACAAAGAUAAAGUCUGAUGUAGAAGACAAAUUAGUGGAACCGUCUCCAAAUCUACCACUAAAGCCAAAACCUCUGCUGCGACCCAAGCCACUGCCCAUCAUAAAAGCGGAAAACCAUUCGGAAUCUGAAGUUGAUAUCUCUAACCUCAGAAGCAAGUUGAGAAGAGCAAAAUUGCCAGAAAAAAUGGGGGAGCUGGACUCUUCCCAGAAUGUUAUAAGCAAUCACAACUACUCAAAUAAUCAAGACUCAGGGGACACACGUAACAACUCUCAUAGAAACACAGAAAAUGGACCUCAAGUGAAACAGAAUUUAGGAAUGAGCUCUAAAAUAAAUAAUUUGAAAGUGCAUUGUGGAGACCAAAAUGGUGUAAAUGAACAAAAUGAACUAAAUCAUAGGGAUAAUGCUGAUGAGAAAGCCUGUUUUUCCAAGGGCUUGAAGUCCAUUGAGAAGAAAAUAGAUGAUGUACAACUGAAAGGCCCACCUGUGGCAAGCAAAGAAGGUCCACCUCGCCCAAUUGUGCCACCUAGAAGGCCCCCACUGCCAAAGAAAACCUCUUUAGAACCUGCAGAAGUGAAAGCCCAGAAAGAUACUGCCUGGGGCCAAAAUAAACCUGCUUUACCUCCACCAAGAUUUAAAUCGGGCCCAUCUCAGGAUUACAACAAAGAUGAUGUUAAACCUAAAGGAGGUUCAAAAGACUCCCCCCUGGCAAAAGGAACUGUUGCUUCCAAAAUUCACGAACCGAGAAAGGGGCCACUUAGUUCCCCAAAAGUGACAGAGAGACAGAUUGAGAAAAUGAUGUCCAAAGAUGACGAAUCCUCAAGUCCAUCCCUAUUUGCAGCUCUUGCAGAUUUUGGAGGAGAUGAGGAGACAGCUGGAUUUAAGGAGGGAACUGUUUUUGAAGUAUUUGAAAAGAAUAUCAAUGGAUGGUGGUACUGUAAAAUGCUGGAUAGUGAGCCGACAUGGGAGGGCUGGGCCCCUUCCAAUUAUUUAGUCAAAAAAUAAGUAUCUUGGUAUAGUUUUGUUUCUAAACACUGCAAGAUGCUUUUUCAUAUGUAAUAUUUAAUUAGAUCAAUAAUUUAUAGUUUUAAGCUUUCCAAAAGCAACUUAAUACAUUCCUUAUAUAUUAUUUUCAACACAAGUUGGAACAACAUAGUGUUUAUGGUUACAAAGAUUUGUGAUUAUUACAUUUACUCAUUUUUAUAUAACAUUGAAUUAUUUAGUCAUGAUUGCUUUACCAGUCAUCAGAAAACCAAAUUGUUUCCUGCUGGUAACCUGGUGCCGGCUAGUAUUUGGGAAACACACUUUAGUAAUAUGCCAAAGUGUUUUAAAUCUUAACCAGAACACUGACUAUAAGGAUACUAAUCAUCCCAAAUACAAGUCCAGUUAAAAAUAUCUCACAACAUGUAAUGGUUGCAGAAAUAACCUAGCAAGCUAUUGCGCUGUGCAAAUGGUUGUUGAGAGAGAAAAAUAUCGUCAUUACCAAGAACUAAGGAAAUAAACUUGCUCAGUCUACAAAACUUGCACAUGAUGUAAUAUUAGGGGCUUUCUGACAAACAAGGAAUUGAAAAUGUGUUCAUUUAUUCCAAACAGGGUUGGAUAAAUAACAAGUUGAAUUUUGAAUGCCUCUAUUUUAUCUAAAAAAGGUACUAAUUGCAGGUUUUUUAUAAUACACAUCUUGUAUGAAUACACUCAGCCACAACACUGUUGUUCCUUCUUAAAAAUGAUAACUAAUCUGCAUCACUUUUUGUAUUCUAAUUAUUUUAUAUUGUAGUAAUGUUCCAAAGUAGAUUACGUAUUUUAAAACACCUUCAUUCAUUCAUAUAUCUUGCUUCAGAAGGCCAUAAAAGUUACAACUAUGUUUAAAAGGGAUGCAAUAGCUUAGCCACUGAUAUAAUGCACGUAAACGGUUUAACAUUCACAUACACACUGACAACAUGUGUGUGCAAGUUGUAAAGCUUCCCUACAUAAAGACAGUACAUAUAUAUUUAUGUAACCUAUACAUAGUGAAAACUAUACAUACAGAGAUACUGGUGGUAUAUUUCAAAUAGUUUAGAGAACAAUGAGCUGUUAUGUGGAUGGCUGAUAUUUUCAUCCAAUCAGCUAUUUUGCAAGGUUCUGUAAUAAUCAGGGAGAUUGGAUUUUAAAUAAAAGCAGCUGGAUUUAUUAACAGCUUCAAACAUUGAAAUUCAUUGUUAUAAUCAGUGUACUGAGAAUAACUCAAAUUAAAUAAAAAUACUUCUCUUUUCAGUUUUGUUACACAGAAUAUGCUUUUGACUAAUUCCUCAAAUGUAAACAACAUUGGGUCUUUCUUUAUAAGAGUAUACCUUAAACCCAUUAGUUGUAAUGUAGCAUCAAAUAUAUAUUGGGUUUAUUUACUUUAUGAGGACUUGACUGGUAUCAAGUUUAAGUCUCUUGCUUCAAGAGUCUAGAAUGUGAAAUUUGUUGUUAGAACUGUGUAUUAACGUAACUUGAUAAAAUUAAAUAACAUUUCAAAGUAGCAGAUGUAGAAUACCUCACAUUUGAGCCUGGGUUGAUCAAACACUCAUGUCAAGCAACACCAAGAAAGAAUAUUGAAAUAAACUCAAUGCAAAAUAGAGCUUACUUACAGUAUUCUUUCAACGUAAUCAAUGUUUAUGCAGCACUGGAAAUUACAUUAGUCAGAUGCCCAUUCCUAUUCUUUAACUUUGUCUUGCCUUACAGUCAAUAUUUCUAAAGUACCUAGCCUACUGUCAUCAGGUAUUGUAGAAUAAAACAUUAAUUCAGGGUGUUUAUAGACAUGGAUGUGACUAGUAUACUUCAUAAAUGCACUUCAUAAUUACACUGGUUAGUAAAAGUUACCUUUGACACUGAAGGUAAUGUGUGUAUUUCCGAAUGUGACUGGAAUGGAAACUUGACCAAGGGAAUUUCCAUGAAUUUUUGAGUUUGCCCAUCAGGUGAUGAUGUAUCUGAAAUAAUAGAUGUUGAUAUUGACAAACCUGUAUUCAGUGCUAAAUUGUGUGUUUAUACAUAAAACAUUGAGUUGCUAAAAUCUAAAAUCUCAGUUCCUAAAAAAAACAUUGUGUCAUGUCUACUCCUGAACCAUUAUAACCCUUAAUUGUGCAAGUGCUGGCAAAGAUUUGACUGUUAAUAGGUUUGACACCACAAUACCUCAAAUUUCUCACAAGCUAACACUUCCAUUGCUUGAGAUAUUUCUUCAGCUGCAUUGGUAUGCAGUGAUAGAAACAAAAUGCUGGAGCAACUCAGCGGGUCAGCCAGCAUCUCUGGAGAAAAAGGAUAGGUGAUGUUUUGGGUCAAGACUCUUCUUCAGACUAGGCUUUGCAGAAAUUAUGGAUGUGUGGUUUAAUAUUGCACAUCUUAGUAAAAAAAAGAUGAGGUCACCUAUCAUUAUUUUACCCAUACCAGUUUUGAACACAGAUUAAACAACAUUAGGUCUUUUGUUACAAGAUAAAAUGUUCAGAAAUUGAUUGUUAUUGAUGACAGCGCCUACCAUUACUGUCAUUAAAUGCAGGCAAUAUGUACCUUUCAUGAAUAAUGCAGACAUUAUAGACUUUGCCUGAUCACUGCUGAGCUCUGGAAGCAGCAAGAGUCAUCCACAUUGCUAGAUCUGAGCUUGUAUGUAGGACAGCCAAAGUCCCUCUCAUUAUGGUAAUUUAACCGCCUACUUGGUUCCAUCAAGUAAUUUCAUGAUUAUCUUUAAAGACCAGCCUUCAGAAAAGUCAAAUACAUUUAAAAUAAUUAAAAUUCCCCCUCUUGCCUGAUAUUUAUAUUUUAAUCUAGUAUUAUCAGCUAUACAAAAAGAAUCAUUACUCAUUAUACCAGAAGUUAACAAAUACCAAAAUUUGAAUGGUAUUGUUUUCAUUCAAAUUCUUGUUACACAAAGAAUAAUCAAAAAUGGGAGCAUACUCUUGGAUAGUGGGUUAAAUGACAGGUGUUUAGUGCCAGAACAUAAUCCUAGUUAGACAUAUUUCCAAUCACUAUAUUUGAGAAUUUCCUGAACUGGAAGUAAAACUCCCAUCACCCAUAUACGCACAAGCAGAACAGAUACAUCCCAGCAGCUAGUCACUGAGACACUGCUCACACACUUGACAGCAGUCUAUUCGCCACUAGCAUGCUAAUCCAAAAUAAAAAGAGAAUAGGAAGGAAUAGCAUUUUAUAGGUACUAACCACUGCUCAGAAUUAUCCACCAGAGCUCUAAUUUAACAUCUUGGUGUAAUUGUGAGUGAGGCACCCAGGAAAGUUUUUAAAAUGCCAAAAAAAAAGGCAUGUUGCUGGUGGAAAGUAGGAAUGAAAGCAUUGGUAUCGGUGGAGAGCAAUUAAGUUGUGCAAAGAUGAUUGGAUCAGUUUGAUCUAAGGGUACUUCUAAAUGCCACAGGACACAUGAUUGAAACAUUAUUUUGUAAUCAAAAUGAAGAAUUUCAUUGUUUACACAAAUAUGUUUAAGUGCUCUGUAUGUAAGUGCAGCCUGUCUUUGUGAAAGUUAAUUUAAUAGCAGUGAAAUCCUGAUUAUUAAUUGAAAAAUCAAUGAGUUAUGGUGAUCACUAUGUGACAGGUGAUGGAUAGAACAAGAGCUUAUUUGUUAUUGACUAGUUAUAAAAGGGAUGUUGACCUUAUUGUAAUGUGUGCCAUUAUUGUGCUUGUACUGUAAUUCAGAUACAAUCACUAAAGAAACCAUUUUACAUUGACAGUUUUUCAUUUGUAUUUUAGAGAAGGGCUCUCAAAUUGCAACUGUUUUUGUUAUGAAGGUUUAUUUUGUAGAACAUUAAACGAAAACAGCUUUUGUUGUAAAGAUUUCUUGUACACUAUAUUUUUAGAAGACAUAGUCUAAAUGUUGUCACUUCAUUUUAAAGAGUUUCGCUGUUAAUAGAAUAUUGUUUAAAUAGGACCCUUACAUGUUCACAUCACCAUACUGUCCUGACUCCCACGCAUGCACAUUUACAAUGAGAAUAUCAUUGGAAAUCUGGAUUCAGUGCAGUGACGUCUCUCCACCAGCAGUGCAUCACGACUACAGUAUGGCAUAUGUAUAAAAUGCCCAACGGGUAGAUACCAAGGCUAUUCUGACAACACUUGCCAAACCUGCACCCUCUUCCAACCAAGACACAGUGGUUUCAUGGGAACAACCACCAGCAGCACAUUAUCCCGACUUGGAAACACACAACUGUUCCCUUACUUGUCACUGGGUCCAAAUCCUGGAACUUCCUCCACAAUGGCAUUAAUGGGAACAAAAAGAAUGCAGCAAUGCAAGAUUGUCAUCACCUCAUCAAGGGCAUUUGCAAAAGACUAAUGAAUAUGGGCCCUGCUACUGACACUCAGACUCCAAAUAAAUGAACAAUAACAAACAAAUGAUGUCAGGGUGCCUUUGCUAUCCCUGCCGUGUUUCAUCAGCAGUGGUCUCCAUUGGCUUUAUUAUGUGCAAAUUGAAUCCAGAUCUAUCAUCGGUCAAAAUAUCACCAUGAAACCAUCCUUUAAUACAGUUAGCCUCGGGCCUGAUGGCGGGUGAUAAAAGUUUAUGGCUAUCCCAGCUGGUCUGGUACAUGGAUUCACAAAAGAACUGUGACAGGAGGUGGCUAUUUGGCUCAUCAUGUUGUAUGCUAAUUGAACUGGCGCAAUCCAAACUAAUCCUAUAUUCCAUCAUCAGUUCCAUAAACCUUGCUGGUUAUGGCUCUUCACUGAGUGAUUCAAUCACACUUUUAUUGCAGAAAUCAAAGGGAGAAAAUUGCUUAUAAAGACAAGAGAUUUUAAGAGGGAAAUGUUAAGAAGAGCAUUGAAGGAUCAUAAAAUCCUCCACAUUUUGGAAGAUCUGCACAUAAAGCAAGAUAAGGAAUGAUAAAAUUCAACAAUCAGAAUGCUAGAGGCCAAAAUAUAACAUUGUUAGUAUGAAGGUUUGGGUUCUCGAAAUCAGGACUCAAAGGAGAAAAGUAUUGGCAUGAUUCAACAAGUGGUAUUAACUACAAUUAAUGUAAUCCUAUAAAAGUAACAACAUGACCAUGACAUUUCAAUAUGGACCAAUCAGCAUCCCCUGGGUUUGGAAAUUUCGCAUUGCACAACAUUAAAUAAUUCUGUAAGUUCAGUUUUUUUUUCUGUAAAUAAAAAUAAAUCAGAUUGGGCCCUCU